AUGAACCGCGCCGGUAAAUGGCAACAGGCCCACCUGUGGAAGGAUCGGAACACGUGGUUUUCGCCAGCAUCGGGUGGGGUACCCGCCAGCAUGGCGUGUUUUAAUUGCGGUCAAGGUGGCCAUUUCUCACAGCAUUGUACAGCGGAGCGACAAUCCCCCUCGACCGUCCAAAUAUCAGCAAUUGCCUUCGCCGACAUGGACGAGGACGAAUGGUCGUCGGCCUCAGGUGACGUUGAGGACCCCCAGGUGCGAUUCCCCCUUCCCCUCGAGACUGAUUUGACUCGACCGUCGAGUUCCGCAUCCGCCUUAGUGACGCACCACUCUUGCCCUCCUGCAGACCUUGUUGGCCGAGUGAAAGACGUUGCCUCUUCUUCUUUUGAAGUUCAGACCUCAUCAAGUAGUUCGCAUCCAACCGUGCCGGCAAAUGAUGCAGAUCAACAUCGUCUCGACGAUAGCCUGGCUGACAUCGCGAUUGACGCGGUGGAAGAUGUCUUGUACUACGCUGAUGCCGCGUCGCGCUUGUGUCAUUAUCCGGGGCCGGAAGUGGUGUCGUCUCGCAAGGCGGAAAGGACUGCUUCGGUGAGCUCUUUCCAGAUUCUUGUGCCGUCGGGUGUGUCUCUCUUGGCGUCCGCUGCGCCCCUGAUCGACAUCGACGAACCCGACCGACCUGUCGAGCCCGCCAUUGUACGCGCCCGCAACGUCAUCGCUUGGACGCUACCUUCUGGAAGGGUUUUGCGAUGUUUGAUCGACUCUGGAUCAGAGGUCGACUUGGUGGAUCAGGAGGUGGUGCGAGUCGACCCGAGCUUCGCAACGGCCCGUUUGACUGCACCAUUGCACUUGCGCCUCGGCACCCAGGAUAAGUCCGACCGAUGUGCUGUGUUCGCCACCGCUCCUUUUUCGUCUGGCGCCCUAGAUCUCGGUUUGCGACCAUUCUUCGUUUGCCGUGUAACGGCGUACGACGCCAUCUUGGGGCUGCCAUUUCUUAAGGACACAGGCAUGCUCGUUGGUUGGGGCGUCUUCACCGUCGCGCGCACCGGCCCUUCGCAACCCGUCGCCCAGGAUACGCACGAAUGGGACCGAGCCGUCACCGUAGCACCUAUCUUAUCCGGUUCUGCCAUUGGCUGCAAUCACCCUGGGUUGCUUCCCGACGACGAGAUCAUCGGCCUCGAGCCACACAACCCGCUGCUCGAUGUCGUCGACGAUCCGGCGCUCGACGAUUUCUCUGAGUCCGAAGCACGAACACGAUUGGCUGCCUUACUCGAGAAAUUUUCUGAUGUGUUCGUAGAUUCGCUACCGAUGGACCAACUCCCACCGUACCGGCCAGUCAACCACGAGAUCCCGUUGAUCGAUCCCACCGAAAAGGUCAAACCCCGGGUAUACCCCCUUGCCGACAAAUAUCGCAGCCAGUGGGCGGAACACUCAGCUAAGUACACUCGUGGUCGAUUCUGGGUUUCGGGUCCGAUCGAUUCUGCGGCUCCGGUCUUUGCCAUUCCGAAGAAGAACUCCCAGACGGCUCGUUUCGUGAUCGACCUCCGCGCGCGCAACAGCAACACCGUCAAGCGUUUUUCGCCCAUCCCGGACAUGACCAAUGUUCGAUACGAGGUGGCUCGAUCGCGUUAUCGCUCUAAAUUCGACGUGGCCGCGGCAUUUGAGCAGGUUCGGGUCAUACCGGAGCACGUCGAUCGCACCGGCUUCGCAACGGUGACGGGCACGUACACGUCGCGGGUCAUGCAGUUUGGUGACACCAAUGCGCCCAAUACCCUCAACCUCUUGACCUUGGCGAUGUUCCAGCCGUGUCUCCCGUUCGCCAAGAUCUUUUUCGACGAUGUCCACGUCCAUUCCGAUACCCGUCGUGCGCACUUGAGACACAUCAAGAUCCUGCUGAUGACAUUGAGACAUUACCGGUUCUACUUAGGAUCCAAGAAGUCCGAGUGGUUCUCAAAGUCGUUGGACUCCUUGGGCACCAUCAUUUCCGACGUCGGCAUUGAAGUCGACCCCGCCAAGUGGGUGCGUAUCCGUCAGUGGCCGAUCCCUUGCAACAAGACCGAUGUCCAGCGCUUCCUCGGCACCGUCAACUGGAUGCGAGAUCACCUACCGCACCUCUCAAAGAUUUUGGAGCCGAUCACCGCGUUAAUGGCGCAAGCGACGUCAUGGCGUUGGAACGAGCGAGAACAGCAGGCUUUCGAUACCGUCAAGUUAUGA